AUGCUUUCCCUCCCUAGGGACUGCCUCCUACAAAAGGACAUCAGGUUUGGCUAUGCCCAGUGUAAUUUUAUUCCUUUUAUUUUGCUUCUUUCCCCAGGCAUCGUGUUUGCACAUUAUGGUCCAAUCUGGCGACAACAGAGAAAGUUCUCCCAUUCAACCCUUCGACAUUUCGGACUGGGAAAGCUCAGCCUGGAGCCCAAAAUUAUCGAGGAGUUUAAGUAUGUCAAGGAGGAAAUUCAGAAACAUGGAGGAAACCCCUUUAGCCCUUUCCCCAUCAUCAGCAAUGCCGUCUCCAACAUCAUCUGUUCCCUUUGCUUCGGCCAGCGCUUUGAGUAUAACAACAGUGACUUUAAGAAAAUGCUGGACCUCAUGUCUCGAGGGUUAGAGAUCAGCAUCAACAGCCAGAUUCUGCUCAUCAACAUAUGCUCUUGGCUUUACUACCUUCCCUUUGGACUCUUCAAGGAAAUGAGACAGAUUGAAAAGGAUCUAACUGUUUUCCUGAAAGGAAUCAUCAGAGAACAUCGGGAGGCCUUAGACAAGGAGAAUCCCCAGGACUUCAUUGAUAUGUACCUUCUCCAUAUGGAAGAGGAGAUGAAGAGUAACAGCAACAGUAGUUUUGAUGAAGACUACUUAUUUCACAUCAUUGGAGAUCUCUUCAUUGCUGGAACUGAUACUACAACCAACACUUUACUAUGGUGCCUUCUAUACAUGUCAUUGAACCCCGAGGUGCAAGAAAAAGUCCAAAAAGAAAUCGAAAAGGUUAUUGGUCCUGAUAGAGCUCCGUCCCUUACUGACAAGGUCCACAUGCCCUACACAGAAGCCACUAUCAUGGAGGUGCAGAGAAUGUCGGUGGUAGUCCCUUUUGGCAUUCCUCAUAUGACUUCAGAAAAAACCACUCUCCAAGGCUAUACCAUCCCUAAGGGCACUCUGAUCAUAGCCAAUCUCUGGGCAGUACACAGAGAUCCUGCCAUAUGGGAGAAUCCCAAAAACUUCUCUCCUGAGCGGUUUCUCGAUGAAGAAGGAAAACUUAUCAAAAGGGAAUACUUCAUUCCAUUUGGAAUUGGAAAGCGUGUAUGCAUGGGAGAACAACUGGCAAAAAUGGAAUUAUUCCUCAUGUUUGUAAGCCUUAUGCAAAACUUCAUCUUUACUUUCCCCAAAGACUCCAAGAAACCCAUCAUGACUGGGAAGUUUGGCCUGACUUUAUCACCAUAUCCAUUUAAUGUAAUUGUUUCUAAAAGAUGAAGAAAGAACCCAUGUUCUGCUCUAAGAUGGCAGAUCAGAAAGUCUAUUUAAAAACAAAAUUCUUCUGAAAUGCUGGUUCUCCCUUCUACAGCUACAAGCAACCAUUCUGAGGCUUAAAAGUUCUGAUCUGAAGUCAAAGGGGUAAGAAGAGAGGGAAAAAGCAAGAGUGGGAACUUGCCUCUCAAAGAGAAUACCUGUUUCAGCAUGUUGUGAUCUCAUCAAUCCAGUCACUCGGAUUUGUAUACUAUAUUUUAUAUAUUGAACUGAGAAAGAAAAAACAUGGAUUUUAGUUCAAAUGUUCGAAACUAAUCAUUCUAUCACCUCCUUGUGCCUCAGUUUUCCCACAUGAAAAAAUGGGAAUAAACUUCUUACAGUAUGAAGAUGAAAGGUUUGUUGUUGUUGAAAUAAACUUUUAG